CAGAGAGCGCCUCCGGCCCUGAUAGCCAAUCCCCGCAGGGCUGGGGGUGGGGCUGCGGUCAUGGCGGACCUGAGCGGCGGGCUGGAGCCAGUGCCGGUGGCGCUGUACCCGCCCGGGGCGGCUCCGCCGGCCUUUCAGUACAGCCCAGACAGCGUGGCUGGAGCAGAUGGGGACGUUGACCCUACAGAGAUCACCUUCCCAGGAUGUUCUUGUCUUACCAGCUCCUGUGUGGUUGACGAGUGCUCAUGUCUUUGCCGUGGUGAAAAUUACAGCAGGUUGUGCCUCAGGCCCACAGACACAGAGGAGUACACCAGGCCUGUUUUCGAAUGCAAUGCCUUGUGCCGCUGCAGUGAAUCCUGUCAAAACAGGGUAGUCCAGAGGGGUUUGCAAUUCAGACUUGAGGUAUUCAAGACUGAGAAGAAAGGGUGGGGGCUUCGCACCCUGGAACGCAUAGCAAAAGGAAGAUUUGUUUGUGAAUACGCUGGUGAAGUUUUAGGCUUUAAUGAGGCACGCAGAAGAAUUCAGGCCCAGACAUCAAAGGAUUCGAACUAUAUCAUAGUGGUGAGGGAGCACCUCCAUGGUGGUGAGGUAAUGGAGACGUUUGUUGACCCAACGUACAUUGGUAACGUAGGCAGAUUCCUGAAUCAUUCUUGUGAACCAAAUUUAUUUAUGGUGCCAGUACGAGUUGACUCAAUGGUGCCUAAACUGGCACUUUUUGCAGCUACUGAUAUUUCUGCUGGAGAGGAACUUUCAUAUGAUUAUUCUGGAAGGUUCCAUAAUUUACCAACAACUACCAGAGAACAAAAAUCUUUAGAGGAAGAUAACAGACUGAGAAAACCUUGCUAUUGUGGUUCCCGCACAUGUUCCUCCUUCUUACCUUGGGACAGUUCCCUCUUUUCCACGCCGGACACUUGUUCAGGGAGCUCUGCGUAGCAUUUCAGUCCCUCGGCACCCAACAAAUGUCAUUUUUUCUAGUAGUUUAAUAAAACCCUGAUUGUGUAUUCCACAAAGUAAGCACAUACAGUUUAGAGUAACAGCUAGAACAAAAAAUUCGGAGAAUAACUUCAUGCAACAUCCUAGAGGGUGUUUUCAAGGUGGAUGGUAUGAUCUAGAGCUUCAAGAUGUUUCCAGAUCAGGUACUAAGCCAAGCCUGGUGGUUUCUUAUUUUCUUCCAACAGCUUUCUGUAUGAUAAAGCACAUCUCUCAACUUGUAACUUUCAGAAAGAAUGAACAUUGGUACACAGAAAGGACGUGAUAGUAAAGAAAAUUGUCACUGAAAAUUACAGAAGACCAAGGAAUGUUGACAUUUGCAAGAAGGGCAUUAGGUUUCUUAAAUCCUGUUAAAAUAACUGAUUUGAAAUUACUUGCUAUAAUUUUUUUUUGUUCCACAAAAUGUAAGUAUUUAUUAUUAAUGAGAAAAACUUGUCCAGAAAGAUUUGUCUGAAUGCUGCGUGUACACAGGAGAGCUUGCCAGGGGGUGGGGAACAUGCUGCAACUGCGUGUUACUUCACUUCCUUUCUACAACAAAUUGAAGAAGCUUGAAACAGCCUUGUUUUGAAUUUCCCCCAACUUCGAUACACAAGACGGACAAACUACAACGCUACUUUUUCCAGUCAUGCCAGCGUGCCAUCAGUGGCACAAACCCCUGGGUUACUUGCUCUGUACAGUUUGAUCUUUAACUGUAUUUGUGACCUUGUCCUGUUGAGUGGCCUACUGGUCUCCUCCCCCACAGGUCAUGGCACCAGCCACCGUGAACCUGCCGCAGAGGGGGGCCGGGAGCGGAUGAUCUGAUUGACUUCCCCUCUCCCUCCCAGAAAAAGUUUCAGGACUAGUUUUAUACCAUCUGUAUUCCUGUUCCUCCAGAUUAGAUGGGUUUUCAAGAUGACAGCAGUGUUUGCUCGCUUCCUGUUAUUAAUAUGGACUUGGCAUGAUUUUGAGUAGUUAAGGAAGUGUAGAUUUGAAAAAAAAAAACACCACCAAAACACAAAACCCCAAACAUGGUAAGCAAUAUCUAGUCCUUCCAUUGCCAGCUUAAACAAGCAAACACAGCUGAGCAUCCUGUCUCUGCAAUCCGACCCAUUCCAGCCCAGGCAGCUGGUGCUGCCUCUAGCAAGGGAAUAUCAGUUACCUGGUUCAGACAAACUUCCACAGCGCAGAACAAGAGCGUGCUGUGCUUCUGAAAACCACCAGCCAUGGUAAAGGCCUUGCAAGAACAUGAAAUAACACCUUGCCAGGGAGUUGGACACCAGCAUGGUGAUUGUUAGCAGCCUGUGCUUUACACUCCGCUCUGCCGUGGCACUGCAGCUGUCUGGGGGUGUGCAGCAAAAUCCUACCAAAGGAAAAGGUCUGCUAAAAACAGACUGGAAAAUAAAAUAGACCCUUGUUUCCACCUGCUGCAUUUCUUUUCCUUCGGAUUCCUUUCAGCUUUAUGGAGUCCCAGGUCAGUGGUGCUCUUUCACAAUAAAUUCAAUCAAAUGGCUCAAAAGACUGAGCUCCACCUAAUCCCCCCUUUCUAUCCUCAAAGUGUAGUAACAACUAUCAAUAUUUCAGUAUUCAAUGCUCACUCAAGCUCAGACAUUUACUUUCCCAUUGAAAUCCAAUCAGGUUAAAUCAAGGCUGCUUAAUGAAAGAUCUUGUAACAAAAUAGAGUAACCAUUACACAAAGAAAAUCAGCAUGAAUGGGACACAUUCCACCAUCUCCAUAGAAGACCAGGAAGACUUUCCUUCACGUGAGACCUACAGCACAAUGAGAUGGUCUGGCAUCAUGAAGUGGUUCAUUUAAAUAAAGUCAUAAGAACAAAACAAAACCAGCUCCAGGCAAAAUCUUUUGUGAAGUAUAUUCCUUCUUGUGGCAGAAAGAUAGAUGUAAAGAUAAUCUUGCCUGAUUAAUCUGAGUAAGAGAGAUGUUUUUAAUGCAUAGAUCUUAAUUAGACAUUUAAUGCUGGUAAGGCAGUCUCUAUUACACUAAACAUUUACCACAGCUUUUAUCACGAGUGCUAAGGCAGAGCAGUGUAUUCUGGAAUUGUUGGUGUUUUUUUCUUUCUAGAAUUACCUUCUUCCCCUGCAGGACGCUGAUGUUUGGUGAAGGGCUCCCCAGAUGUUCUCCAGUAUCAUCUUUUCAAUGUGAAACACAGAGUGAAGAAGGAGCUGGCAAGUAAUGGAUUUGUAUUAACAAACCCAACCUACUUCUGAAAAUACAAUGCUGGGCAAGGCUGGCAUGACUCCAGAUUUUGUGUUAAUCCACCACAUUUUUCACGGCUGAGUCUCAAAGCAGCUGAUGGGAUGGCCAAGUUUAUUCCUGGUUUUCAUGGCAGCAAGGAGGCCUGGUUGCUGGUUCACAGCUUACGGCACAGGCCACAGCUUCUGCAGCCUCCGCUUGGAGCCAGCGAUUGCCUGGCACAGAAAUACGACCAGACACCACGUCCUAGAGUGAGGGAGGGUGCAAAAAACACUUUGUGAAAGGCCCAAAAUACAUUGAGAUCCCCAAAGGAGGUAGCGCUCAUUAUUCCUGUUGCCCUUCCUCCUUACUAAAAUUCCUUUUCAGUGGAAUUUUAGUUAUUUAUUUUUUAACAGAACAGUUUCAAAAUUUACCUUAUCAGGCCUUAGGGCUCACAGUCACAUCUUCUAUCUUUUCACUUUAAGGAUCUUUUAUUUAAUUGAAAUCAUUUGUUAGCUUCCAUUUCUAAUGAUGCCACUUUUGCAGUUUUCAAGUCCCCAAAAUAAGCCUAUGUGUUGUCCAAGAGAAAAGGAAAUUGCCAGUGUUUUUCUAUCAAUAAAAGUCUUCAAAAUAAAUAAACACUAGAAAUUUUAUUCAAAUAUGUACAUCAUUUCUAAUCAUCUCCCUGAGGAUUAUCAUCCCUCAGAUGCAGAAGGCACUUAAAGAGAAGCAAGUAUCUCACUAGAACAAGCCCAUUUCUGGACGUGGUUUUCACUGCAGCAGGAAUGUAACACAACGAACCCACUGACUGCCCGCCUGGAUAGCUGGCUGUUUUCAGUCCUCAACUCUUCUAAAGGCCUUCAAUUUUCUUUUAAAGCUGUCUGCAUUUUCUUAGCUGCUUCAAAUUUCUUUUAAAGCUGCCUAGAAAUCUAUAAAGUCCUUGUAUAUUGGAUUUGAGUGUAGAAAUUGAAACUAUAUAUAAAUUAAACUAUAAACAAAAA